AUGGAGAGACUCACAGCCUGGGCAGGUCUGGUAGUUCUGCUGCUGAUCCAGUGGGGCUCUGCUACGAAACUGGUCUGCUACUUCACCAACUGGGCCCAGUACAGAGAAGGUGCAGCUCGCUUCCUGCCCAAGGAUGUGGACGCCAGCCUGUGCACCCACCUCAUCUACGCCUUCGCUGGAAUAAACAACCACCAGCUCAGUACCAUCGAGUGGAAUGAUGAGACUCUUUACAAAGACUUUAAUGGCCUGAAGAAGAUGAACCCCAAGCUGAAGACCCUACUGGCCAUCGGGGGCUGGAACUUUGGCACUCAGAGGUUCACGGACAUGGUGGCCACACCCAGCAACCGUCAGAUCUUCAUCAACUCGGUCAUCACGUUUCUGCGUAAACAUGACUUUGAUGGCCUGGACCUUGACUGGGAAUAUCCAGGAAGCCGAGGGAGCCCCGCCUCAGACAAACAGCACUUCACAGCCCUGGUGCAGGAGCUGGCCGGAGCCUUCCAGAAGGAAGCCCAGAGCUCAGGGAAGGAGCGACUCCUGCUGAGUGCAGCCGUCCCUGCAGGGCGCACCAACGUGGACGCCGGAUAUGAGGUGGACAAAAUUGCUCAGAACCUGGACUUCAUCAGCCUCAUGGCCUAUGACUUCCAUGGCACUUGGGGGAAGGUCACAGGACACAACAGCCCUCUGUACAAGAGACAGGGGGAGAGUGGCACAGCGGCUGAAGCUAACGUGGACUUUGCCGUGCAGUACUGGCUGCAGAAAGGGGCUCCUGCCAACAAACUCGUCCUUGGCAUGCCCACCUACGGACGGACUUUUACCCUGGCUUCCUCGUCAAACAACGGAGUAGGGGCCCCUGCUACAGGGGCUGGAACCCCUGGCCCCUUCACCAAGGAGGGUGGGCUGCUGGCUUACUAUGAGGUCUGCUCCUCCUGGAAGGGGGCCCCCGAUCUCCGGAUCCAGGACCAGAAGGUGCCCUACACCUUCAAGGGCAACCAGUGGGUGGGUUUCGACGACGUGGAAAGCUUCAAAACCAAGGUCAGCUACCUGAAGCAGAAGGGCCUGGGCGGAGCCAUGGUCUGGGCGCUGGACUUGGAUGACUUCUCUGGCUCCUUCUGUAACCAGGGCCGGUACCCGCUCAUCCAGACGCUGAGGCAGGAACUGAGUCUCCCCUAUGUGCCUUCAGGCCCCACGGAGCCUGAAGUUCCCCAGCCAGACCAGCCCUCUGAACCCGAGGGUGGACCCAGCCCUGGAGAACCCGAGAGUGGGCCCAGCCCUGGAGAAGACACCUUCUGUCAGGGUAGAGCUGAUGGGCUCUACCCCAACCCUCAGAAACGGGCCAGCUUCUACAACUGUGCGGGGGGCCAUCUGUUCCUGCAGGACUGCCCCGCAGGCCUGGUGUUCAGCUCCUCCUGCCAGUGCUGUACCUGGAGUUGA